AUGAAGACCCUUCUCCUGACCGCCAUGCUGUUUGGGCUAGUGGCUGCCCUGCAGGCCCAGGAACCCCCUUCUGUCCUCUCGGAGGCACAGAGUCUCGCAGGGACCUGGUACAUAAAGGCCGUGGUGAACUACAAGGCCCCAGCCCAGGUGUUUCCUGUGACAGUGACAGCCCUGGAAGGUGGAAAUUUGGAGGGCAGGGUCACCAUCAUGCAUGAGGGUCGGUGCCAUGAGAUAAAAGUUCGCAUGCUGAAAACUGAUGAGCCUGGAAAAUACAUAGAGUUAGGAGGAAAGAAGGUCGUUUACAUAGAAAGCCUGCCCAUGAAGGACCACGCCAUCUUCCUCUGUGAAGGCCAGCAUGAAGGGAAGCCAUUCCGCUUUGCCAAGCUCAUGGGAAAGAACCCCGAGGAAAACCCAGAGGCUCUGGAGGAAUUUAAGAAAUUCACACAGCGCAAAGGAUUCCAGCUGGAGAGUAUCUACGUGCCCAAGCAGAAGGAUGCCUGCAUCUCUGAGAAUAACUAGGCAGACACCUGGAUCCGCCCCUCCUGGGCCCACGCGGCCACCAUCAGAGAACCUGGACCACCCUGGACCCUCCCUCCCCCGCCACACCACCGACC